AUGGAUGACGAAUGGCAAACCACCGCUUUGGGCUCCCGCCACAUGCACAACCGUGUCCAGAACAAAUCUUCUCGCAAAUAUCGACCUUUUGAUGUGCACAAGACGUUCGGCAGCUAUUCAUGCAAGUGGGCAGCAGGGAAACGCAGAGACGACAAUCAUGAUGAUGAAAACGAUAUUACAUUGGAGCUGUACCGCUUGAGCCCGCAUGGAGAGGGUGUUCUUGGCGAAAUUCGUUUCCCGCGUGCGCUCGACGCGGCAGUCGUUCUAUCCGGAAGCAGAGCAAGUCUAGAUAAGACGGUGCGAGGAAUUGAAGUCGAUUCGGACGAGGAGGACGAUGAAGAAACGCAGAGCGAAGAGAAAAAUGAAUCUGGCAGCGAUGAACGCGAUGCUGAGGAUCCCGUGGAUGAUCGCGAGUUCGAAGAAGAGCCGGCGCGGUUCAGGAAGUUUGAAAAGAACAGUUUCCGAGAGCCCAAGUUUUGGAUCCGCUGGAAUGGCAUGACUGAGGGAGCUGAGGUCGUGACGAGCGACUUGGGCUACGUGGUUUUCUCGGGAAACGAGUGUCGAAACUUCAAAGGAACCAUUACAUGCGAAGCGCUAGGUUGGAAAGAUGCUGCCAUCAGUGGGCGCAAGGUCUCGGGCAGAGCGCCUUCCGAUGUACCAAUUAAUUGGAAUGGAAAGACUUUGUGAGUUCCGAUCUUAGUCUAUAUACUGAAUAGGUUUUGGUGCUCAGGAUUCUUUUCUACUCAACCU